GCCGGGUCUCCUGCAAGCAUGAACUCCCAGCAGCAGAAACAGCCGUGCGCGCCGCCCCCCCAGGACUGGCAGCAGGUGAAGCAGCCCUGCCAGCUUCCACCCCAGGAACCGUGUGCCCCCAAAACCAAGGAGCCCUGCCAGCCUGUGGUUCCCGAGCCGUGUCCCCCCGCGGUGACUCCAGCGCCAGCCCCGCAAAAGACCAAGCAGAAGUGAGGGGGUCUCAGCCGCGCGCCCCAGGAGCCGAGCGCCGGCCGACGUCCUGUCCGUGGCGCGUCGCCCUCCCUCCGCGCCGUCUGAAAGCGCGUCCCAGCUGCCAGUCCGGAGCCAGGUCCCGCGGAGCCUCGGGGCCCGGGGUGGCGCAGGGGACUCCCGCUUUGCCUUGCCCAUUAAAUGUCUCCUGACUA